AUGUUAACACAACUGUUUAGAUCAUUCCAAACAAGACUUAUACCAAAGAUCAUCGCAAUGGACUCAAUAUCAUUCACUUCAACUACAUCAACCACAACAACAACAAAUAUCAAACCAAAACCAGAGAUUGAUAGUACGACUAUAAACGUUGCUGAUCGAUGUCCUUGGCUUGGCAAAACUCCAGAUCCACUCUAUCUUAAAUACCACGACACGGAAUGGGGAUAUCCAGAGAGAGACCCUAUCAAAUUGUUUGAGAAGAUCUGUCUCGAGGGCCAACAAUGUGGAUUGUCUUGGUUCACCAUACUCAAGAAGCGAGAGGAAUACAGACGCUCAUUCCACAACUUUAACCCUGUGGUGCUUGCCAAUUUCACCGAGUCUGAUGUUGAUCGUCUAAUGAAGAAUGAAGGCAUCAUCAGGAAUCGAAGCAAGAUCAACGCCAUCAUCAAGAAUGCCAAGGCCUUCAAUGUCAUGCGGGACAGUGGCGAGGACUUCUCAAAGUUCAUAUGGUCCUUUGUCAAUGACAAACCAAUAGACAGUCAUCGCUCCGGUGCCAAUGGAUGCAGUGGAUGGCCUACACGCAGUGAACACUCUGAUGCCAUGGCAGUGUCACUCAAGAAGAAAGGAUUCGUCUUUAUCGGUACUACUACAUGCUAUGCAUUCAUGCAGUCAAAUGGAUUGAUUAAUGAUCAUGCUAUUGAAUGUCAUCGUCAUCCUUCCUACAAGAUUGGUAACCGUUCAUCGUUGAAGACGAUCAAACAACCUGUUGAUCAAGCUGACCAAAUCGAUGUGUUGUCAAGUGAUGACGAUGAACAAGAUGAUAUAGUUGUUGUUGUUGAGGAUGUCAAGCCAAAGAGGAAGGUGCCAGUCAAGAAGGAGUCACCAAAGCAACAGACCAAGAAGAAGAGUAAUAAGAAGAAU